ACAUUCUUGCACUCCUGCUCAGAAAAAUAAUCCAUGGAGGCUCUAAGACUAGAAGCUGGAGGAUUAGGGUCCCUCUCAGGGGGUUCCACCCUGCUCAAGGCCCUUCUCCCUGGGGCAGAGGGCUUCGUCCUUCCCCCUGGAGAUCCAGAGCUGUGCCGGGAGCAUGGAGAGAAGUUUAUCUAGUUCUGUGUGGAUGACCUGGAGCCAGUGUGCAGUCAGUGUGGACUGACUGAGACCCACGAGGGGCACAGAGUCUACCCCAUAACGGAGGCUGUACCUGACUGUAAGGUCUGCUGGACGGAGAAAGAGGGUCUGUGGCUUAAUAUUGUCGUGAAAGAAGAGGAGGAAGAGGAGAACGUCACAGUGAAAGGAGAUUCAGAAGCGCUCAGAGUGAAAGAGAAGGAGGAGGAGAAAGAGGGGGAUGUCGUUUUUGGAGUGAAGGAGCAGGGGGAGGUUACUGUAACAUUGGAAAAUGAGGAAGACAAAACUGGAGAUCUGAUGAACGCCGGGGGAGGUGAACUCUUCACUGGGGAAGCUGCUAGGGAAGAGCAGGAGGUUUGAGAAGGUUACACGGAUCUUUGAACACGCCUCCCAACACAACCAGAGCCAUGCCCAGCAGACAGAGAGACAGAUAAAGGAGGAGUUUGAGAAGCUGCACCAGUUCCUGAGAGAGGAAGAGGAGGCCAGGCUAGCCAGGCUGAGGGAGGAAGAGGACGAGAGGAAUAGAGUGAUGAAGGAGAAGAGGGAGAGAGUUGGAAAUGAGAUGGAGCUACUGGCUGAAACUAUCAGAGAGAUCGAGGAAGAGAUGAAGGAAGACAGGGAUGACAUCGCCUUUCUGCAGAAUUACCAGGAGACAAUAAAGAGGACGUGGCAGAGUCAUGGGGAGCCAGAGGAGGUGUGUGGUCCUCUGAUAGACGCGUCUAAACACCUGACCAACCUCCUCUACACCGUCUGGAAUGACAUGCUGCAGAUAGCCCCUUACACUCCAGUAACCCUGGACCCGACCACGUCCUGCCCGUCUCUGGUCCUCUCCCCUGGGCUAACCUCUGUCCAGCUGGGAAAGGAGAGGAUCCAGAUCCAGCCCGCUAACCCGGAGAGAUUUGACCUGAUCGACUGCACUCUGGGCUGGGAAGGAUUCAGCGCCGGCACCCACUGCUGGACAGUGGAGGUUGGAGAGAGCAGCAACUGGACAGUUGGUGUGGCCAGCCAAUCGGUGCGUAGGAGGGAGGAGUUUGAGGCGUGUCCGGAGGAGGGGCUAUGGACCCUCAGCCUACGGAAUGGGACGUACCGUGCCAUGACCACACCCUGUACCACCCUCCCUCUGGACUGGUCCCGCUCCUUUCACAGGAUCAAGGUGUUUCUGGACUGGGAGAAGGGUCAGGUGGAAUUCUGGGACGCGAUGAGGGACAAACUCCUGUUCACCUUCACGCACCGCUUCACAGAGACGCUGUAUCCGUACUUCGAGAGCAGCUGUUCUAAGUGCUGGCUAGUGGUGUUACCCCAGAGAGUGUGUGUGGAGGUAGAGCUAGAUCCCAUCCCUGGGGAUGACGAUGGAGACCAGAUCCCACACGACGGAUCAUCCAAGGAGGGAGAGGAUACCAAGACUAGAUCCACUGACGACAGCAAGCUGACAGAAACCGGAUCCCCUGUCGAAGACCAGAUCUCAAUGACCGGAUUACCCAAGAUCUCAACCACUGACCAGAACCACGAGACAAGAUCCCCUGACAAAACGUCAAACACCGGAUCCGCUCAAAUGAUGGGCCGGAUCCCAAAGACUAAAUCCACCAGAAAGGGAAAGGGCAAGAUCCCACACACUGGAUUCGCUGUUGAGAAGCAGAUUACCAACACCAGAUCCAAUGGAAGCUACCACAUCACGAAGGAUAGGCCGCUAGUCCAGGUCAGGAGGACAGAAUCCACUGAAUGAUCCACUGAGAGAUCCACAACCAACAACACAGAGAUCAAGUUGCCCUGCAGCCCAGCCCAGAUCAUCCAACACACAAGAGAUCACCCAACACAGACUAGAUUCCCUACCUCCACAGACUAGAUCUCCUACCUCCACAGACUAGAUCCCCUACCUCCAUAGACUAGAUCUCCUACCUCCAUGGACUAGAUUCCCUACUUCCACAGACUAGAUCCCCUACCUCCAUAGACUAGAUCUCCUACCUCCACAGACUAGAUCCCCUACCUCCACAGACUAGAUCUCCUAGAUCUGCUGUCAUUGACUAGAUCACCUAACACACUAUAUUUGAGAUCUCUUACAAGCAUUUCUGCAUAAUGUUGUAAUACACAGUGUAUUAUAGUGGAGGUAAUGUUGUAAUACACACAUUGUUGAGUGUAUUAUAGUGGAGGUAAUGUAGUAAUACACAUAUGGUUGAGUGUAUUAUAGUGGAGGUAAUGUUUAAUACACACAUGGUUGAGUGUAUUAUAGUGGAGGUAAUGUAGUAAUACACAGUGUAUUAUAGUGGAGGUAAUGUUGUAAUACACACAUUGUUGAGUGUAUUAUAGUGGAGGUAAUGUAGUAAUACACAUAUGGUUGAGUGUAUUAUAGUGGAGGUAAUGUUUAAUACACACAUGGUUGAGUGUAUUAUAGUGGAGGUAAUGUAGUAAUACACACAUGGUUGAGUGUAUUAUAGUGGAGGUAAUGUAGUAAUACACAGUGUAUUAUAGUGGAGGUAAUGUUGUAAUACACACAUUGUUGAGUGUAUUAUAGUGGAGGUAAUGUAGUAAUACACAUAUGGUUGAGUGUAUUAUAGUGGAGGUAAUGUAGUAAUACACACAUGGUUGAGUGUAUUAUAGUGGAGGCAAUGCUGUAAUACACAGUGUAUUAUAGUGGAGGUAAUGCUGUAAUACACACAUGGUUGAGUGUAUUAUAGUGGAGGUAAUACUGUAAUAUACACAUGGUUGAGUGUAUUAUAGUGGAGGUAAUGCUGUAAUACACGGUGUAUUAUAGUGGAGAUAAUGUAGUAAUACACACAUGGUUGUGGGAGUGAGGGAGCAAGGGAGGGAGCGAGGGUGGAGAGAGGGAGGAGGAAGAGAAGGACAUUGGUCAAUAGUAUCCAAAGUAGACUCGACGGACAGAAGCUGCUCUCAAAAUUGAGCAAUUAGAUCGCUUCUCCUCUCCUUCCUCACCCUCUCCUCCCUUCUUACCUUCUGCUAGCUCCACCACAAACCCCACCCCCUUCACUCUGGACACACCCACACAGUGAAGCAGCGAAUCACGGCGCAGGUUGAAGUUGAUGAGAGCUGCUUCCACACCCACCUCCAAUCAAACCAGACCAUCCAUCCCUCCAUACUAACAUUAGGUCUCUCUUGGCGGUGCGUAGAGCCACAUUGGGGAACCUCCAUCCUCCCACAGUGAGGUACAAUCCUAACCCAGCCUCCAGGCUCCAUGACCAGGGUACAGAGCUGAGGACAACCCCUAUGGAUCUCAGAGACGCAGACACAAGUAGCAUUAUUACUGGUGGAGAGAGGAGGGGAGGAGAGAGGGGGAGGGGA